ACUCCCAACUUGCCAUUCCUAUAAAUGACCUAGUCAUUGGCAUGCCCUGGCAGAAAUCAAAUGCACAAAACUGUUCCCUGGGAUCCUUUGGCCAGGAAAGGCUGUUCCUCCACAGCCUGGCAGAAAACACAGAGGACCUCUUCCUCAGAACCUACGCACUGAACCCUUUGAGAGACUGGCAUGGAUGGAUUAAAUCUGGGGCAUUUCCUCAGCUGCUGACCCUGCCUGGCUCCCACCAUGAGCGCCGAGCUCAACGUGCCUAUGGACCCCUCCACUCCCGCCUGCUCUGAGCCUGCUCACAAGGGCAUGGAUUACCGGGACUGGGUCCGCCGCAGCUACCUGGAACUGGUCACCUCCAACCACCACUCUGUGCAGGCCCUCUCCUGGAGGAAGCUCUACCUGAGCAGGGCCAAGCUGAAGGCCUCCAGCAGGACCUCUGCCCUCCUCUCAGGCUUCGCCAUGGUGGCCAUGGUGGAAGUGCAGCUGGAGACGCAGUACCAGUACCCGCGGCCGCUGCUCAUCGCCUUCAGCGCCUGCACCACCGUGCUCGUGGCCGUGCACCUCUUCGCCCUGCUCAUCAGCACAUGCAUCCUGCCCAACGUGGAGGCCGUGAGCAACAUCCACAACCUCAACUCCAUCAGCGAGUCACCGCACGAGCGCAUGCACCCCUACAUCGAGCUGGCCUGGGGCUUCUCCACUGUGCUGGGCAUCCUGCUCUUUCUGGCUGAGGUGGUGCUGCUCUGCUGGAUCAAGUUCCUCCCGGUGGAUGCGCGUCACCAGCCCGGCCUCCCACCCGGCCCCGGUGGCCACACUGGCUGGCAGGCCGCCCUCGUGUCCACCAUCAUCAUGGUGCCCGUCGGCCUUAUCUUCGUGGUCUUCACUAUCCACUUCUACCGCUCCCUGGUACGCCAUAAGACCGAGCGGCACAACCGUGAGAUCGAGGAGCUGCACAAGCUCAAGGUGCAGCUGGAUGGGCAUGAGCGCAGCCUACAGGUUGUGUGAGGGCCACACCGGCUCCUGGGGGCCACGCUGACACUGAGCCCUGGAGCCCAGCAGAAAUCACCUGCCUUUUGGGGAAUUUCAAGAAUGCAAGUGUUAAUGAGGCUGCUAAACACUGCCAGAUAGGUCAAGAGCAGAGUUUUACUCCUGUCUUGAUGCUGUAAAACCUGGAUCAUUUUCCCUCUGAAAAUGGAAAUCUUCAAAUCAGAGACUCUGUAGCUAAGAGCUUCAGGCAAAGACAGAUGGAGUCCUCGGCCCUGGGGAUUUCCUGAGUGGGAGGCAGGGCUCUGAGCUGCACCCAUUGGUCAAGGGUGGUUUGGGAGCUGAAAUGGGUUCCAGCGGCUGCAGGGAGCCUGGUGGGGCAGGGCCAUGAGUUCAGAGAAGACUGGGGACGCACCUGCCGUGCUUAGGUGGGCACAGAAUCACAGCUUGGCCUGGUGCUGCCCUCCUCUGCCCUGGAAGGAGUUAGGUGGCCUGGUGUGUAAAGGGGCAAGAGCUGGGGCACAUGUCAGCUCAGCAGGUGUGGCAGGAGCCCCCAUCAGACUCACCAGGCUCUGGGGAAGACCCCAAGGGUGGAGGCCUGACCAGGGGUGGGGAGACAUGCCUGUGGCCACCGGUGUGAGAUGUCUUCGGACACUUACAGAGAGGUGCUCUGAAGCUCCCUGGCCUGGAUGCUCUCUUCUCAGCCUGGAGCCCUGGCCACACCAACCCUGCAAGGCCAGCUUGGGAAAAGUACUCUCAGUCCAGAGGCAGUCACCUCUGGCCACAGAAUGAUGGCCUCUGAGCCUGAGUCAGCUGCCCUCUAGAAGGCCGGGAGCUGUGGUCCCAGGCGGCGGGAAGGGGUAGUCUGGGGGACUUCUGUCUAGACAAGGUCUUUGGCCUGGUCUGUGGCUAGUGGUGCUGGAGGCCAGCCCUGCCAAAUGUGGGCCUGCGUUUAAUGACUCAGUGCAGGGGAGACAAAGCCCCACGGCGUUCCCCUCCCAGCCCCCAACCCUCAGCCACACACAGGAACCCAGCUCGUGUUUAUGCAGCCUUGGCCAGAGUGGCUUCUGGGGUUUCCACUAAGGUUGUCUGGUGGACCUACGCCCACAUGCUGUCGCUCCGCCCAGUGUGAGCUGGCUGCACCCUGUGCUGUUUGUGAAAGCCACAGCAGCCCGGAGGAGACACCUUUUUGUUUUCCUAAAUAAUCACUGGAUUUCGCCUUCUGACGGCAUUGUUCUUGACGCUUGAUAUCCCUGUGGGGUCGGGUGGCCUGUGCCAAGACCUGGCUGAGGUUUCUGGGAUCUGAUGUACUGCCGGGAACAUAACCUUAACACAUUGCUCUGAAAUGCUGGGGGCUCUCUGUGGGCAGAGCUGAGAAUCCAUCUGUGGGGAGUCUGGCCAUCUUGUCCUGAGGGCCCACGGGAGAACUUCCCAGAGGCGUCCCUGCCAUCUUCUGCGCCGGCUCAUGACUCGCCUGCUCUCUGGUGCAUGUCUGUUCUUUCCUGCAGCCUCCUUGGAAAGUCUCUUUUGGUUUACUGUUUGUUUUGCAAAAGAAUGUCAAUGUCACUGCAAGACACCCCUUUGUGUCCUGGCAGGAAUGACAGUCUUGGGGCGGGGGAGGGGUGGUUGUGCAGCAGACCCUUUACUGUGGCCCUAGCCAUUCAAGAGGGCCGUGCUGGGUCCAGCUGCCUCCCUUCCUGGACCAGAUCCACACAGUGCCAAGCACCCCCACCCCCAGGCUGCAGAAGCACACCGCCAGUGCCAGCCUGCUCCGUGGGUGGGGCUUUGGUGCUGGCCGGCCAGCAUGGGGCAGACACUUAAGUGUCUUAUGGAGGCCCCACAUGGAUAGGACAAAAAGGCUCUAUAGUGUCUUGCUCCCCUUUAUCCAGAGGCUCCCCCAGCCAAUAUGGUGGUUGCCAGAGGUCCAGGACACAGAGAUGACCGUGCACAUGGGGCCUGGUGGUGGAAGCAACCGCAGGGUGACCCCAGAUCUUGUCAGGGUGAGGAGAAGCUGCAUUUUGGAGCUGCAGAACAACUCGGCAGGGCACUUGGGGGAGGGCAGACAGGGUGCAGGGUAGAAAUCUUUCCGGAGAUUUAACCUGAUUGUGGUGUGUCCAAGCGCAGUACCUCCCACGCUGAGCGCCGCGGCCGUGUGGGCUUGCCCUACUUUCCCCGAGCAGAGCCCUCCUGGUGCUCAUGAGACAUGCGGAGGCCCUUUCCAAAACAGAACGCAACCUCCAGUUAGUACCUGACCAGAAGUUUCAAGAAACUGAAGGCAGUGUAAUUGUGUCUUCUAGGAAGGGCUGUUGAGGACAACGCACAAGCCCUGGGGCUCGGGGUUCCUCUGCAGUUGUCAUCUGUCUCAUGCUGAUAAUUCAUUAUGCAUGACACUCCAGAUCGUGUAUGGGGUACGUACCCCACCCUCUGUGUGAAUUUUUAAAACCGUUGCCCUGGAUUGACCUGAAUAAACACGUAAAGCUAUGACUUACUCUCCGCUCCUGGUGGUGUUAUAGGGCAGCCC